AUUGAAUUCACCUGCCUUUUUGUAUGGAUUUGAAACAACACCAUCCUAUUUGAUUCACGUAACGCCAAAGAAUAUAUCAAAACGAGAUUUUAAUUUACAAUGGAGUCGUCAGCGGUACAGGGCGCAGAGAAUGUUUGCGUGAAGGCUGAGCCCUGUGAGGAUGUGUGCAUAAAAGAAGAGCCCGCGUUCGAGACAGUGCUUGUUAAAAUUGAGCCGGACCUAGACUAUGUGAAUGUACAAGACGAGCCCAGCUGCGAGGGUGUGUCCACAAAAGCCGAGCCUUCUUGCGCACAUGUGUCCACAAAAGCCGAGCCUUCGUGCACAUAUGUGUCUGUAAAAAUCGAGACACUCGACGUUAGCGCCGACCACGCCGUGAAAGAUGAGCCCGUGCUUGGCCACAAGCUGGAAGAGAACGCACGAACAGGGCAAACUCCACAGAAGAAACCGAGCGUCAGACCCGAAACUUACCAACAUUUGAGUAAAGAUACCAAUGAGAAGCCAUACAGAUGUGGCGAAUGUAGCUAUACUAGCGUCUUAAAAAAAUAUUUGAAACGUCACUUAUUGAAACACACUGGAGAGAAGCCUUACAAAUGCGGCCAAUGUAGUUACGCUAGCGCCCGCCAAGAUCAUUUGAAAUAUCAUGAAAAGGUGCAUAGUAUUGAAAAACCUUACAAGUGCGAGCAAUGUCAUUAUGCUAGCAGCAAAAAAUUAUGUUUGCAACUUCAUAUCAUGAAACACACUGGUGAAAGUCCUUACAAAUGCGAGCAUUGUAAUUAUGCUAGUACCCAAAAAGCUAAUUUGCAAAGUCAUGUAAAGACACACACUGGAGAGAAGCCCUUCAAAUGCGGGCAAUGUGAUUAUGCUAGCGCACACAAAAGUUCUUUGCAAACUCAUUUACGUAAACAUGAUAACGAGAAAGCUUACAAAUGCGAUCAGUGUAGUUUCGCCAGUAAUUGCAAAAAUAGUCUUAUGAUCCAUUCAAGAAAACACACUGGAGAGAAACUUUUCAAGUGUGAAUACUGUAGUUAUGCUAGCCCGCGUAAAUGUCAUAUGCAAAUUCAUAUAAGGAAACACACCGGUGAAGCACCUUACAAAUGUACUCAGUGUAGUUAUGCUACUGCGCAUAAAUCUGCUUUACGAUCUCAUGUAAGACAACACAAUAGUGAAAAACCAUAUAAAUGCGGUCAGUGCAGUUAUGCUAGCAACCAUAAAUAUCUAUUGGAAGUUCACGUUACGAAACACACUGGUGAAAAGCCGUAUAAAUGUCACCUCUGUAGUUAUGCUUGCAGCAAACCAGGUAUUUUGAAUGUUCAUAUAAGAAAACAUACUGCUGAAAAGACUUACAAAUGCGGCCAAUGUAGUUAUGCGACUGCCUACAGAUAUAAUUUGCAAGCACAUGUUAUUAAGCACACUAAUGAGAAACCCUACAAGUGCGAUCAGUGUGAGUAUGCGGGCAGCACAAAAAGAAGUUUGACAGUUCAUUUAAAGAAACACACAGGAGAGAAACUUUACAAAUGUGAGCAAUGUAGUUUUGCUAGUAAUUAUAAGAAAAGUAUAAAAGUGCAUAAUAAAAACAACCAUACUAGCUAGAACUCUUAUAAGUGUGACCUUACAAGUACAAAGAAUUGUUUACCAGAUGGCAGCACAAAGUUAAUGAGCCAAAAUCUUACGAUCUAUGCAUAUUUGCCGCGUAUUGUUAUUGUAUACAUUUACAUUGGUACUAAUACAUUACUGUAAGCGAAUGGUAAUUAUCAGGAUCACAUUUCCCCAUC